AUGAAGAAGGUGAACGAACUUCUUCCUGAGUUUGCUGAUGCUGAAGAAAAGGAGCUAUAUGAGUUUCUGGAUCUUCAGCUUCAGAGUGACUUGAAUGAGGAAAGGAGUAAGUUCUUCUUCUUUAAACCGUUUUUGUUUACUCUUUCUGUUGCAACCCGGCGAAAUGUGCGUACGCUUUAUCUGGAAGCUGAUUCUCUGGUACGAGACUAUAUCCAUGUUGUUGAUCUAGCGGAUGGCCAUAUUUCUGCACUUCGAAAGCUAGACGAUUCUGAAAUAGGUUGUGAGGUAUACAAUCUAGGAACCGGGAAAGGAACAACAGUGUUGGAGAUGGUUGAUGCAUUCGAAAAAGCUUCUGGAAUGAAAAUCCCACUGGUGAAAGUUGGAAGGAGUCCAGGUGAUGCAUAG